AAAGCACCACCGCCACUGCAGCAAUUGUGGCUAACUUUAGUAUGUACUGAGCUCGUUGCAAGGCAAGAGCGCUCCCUCUCCUUCUACCAUCUCGUUCGGGCAGCAAGAUUGGUCUUCGACAACUGGAAAUACAGCCAACUAGGCAACAACACAACACGGUAAUUUCUUCCUCUGAUCGGCCUGCCAUAUGCCUAAUUGGGUGUUAUUCGCGGAUACGGCGGACUCGAUUGGUCCGGCUCACAUCCCGGUGAGACGGGAGCGCUAGGCCGAACUCCCGGCGUCCAGAUCAUCGGGUCCGCAGCGACCAACGAACAAACGGAUUGUCGUUGGUCAUACGGGCGGGGUAUAUCCUACAAUACCUACACAAGUCGUCUGUGUAGCAUUGACUUCUCUGCAAUGCCGCAAUGGAAUACCUGAAAAACGUUUACAACAGGCUGCAUCGGAGUCUCCGGCCGUCCUGUGGCCGUGGAGAGCAGGUUGUUCUCAAUACCAAGACAGCCUUGACCGCUUUCUGCGCUGUUUCCUCGUCGCAAGCAGGUUCGAAUGUCGCUGCCCUCCAAGACGAUGUCUCUGAGCUGCCGUAUUACGGCCGCAGUCCACCGGUUUAUCCUUCUCCCAUCGGCAAUGGCUCCACCAACUCCCGCUGGGCCGCCGCCUACGGCCGCGCCCAUGCCCUAGUCUCCCAGAUGACGGUUGAGGAGAAAGUCAACAUCACACGUGGCUGGCCUGGCAUUUGCGUCGGUAACACCGGCGAGGUGCCUCGUCUCGGAAUCCCGGCCUUGUGCUUCGCGGACGCUCCUGACGGCGUCCGAGGACAGGAGUUCGUGUCGGCUUUCCCGGCAGGCAUUCAUGUGGCCGCCACGUUUGACUGUGAUCUCAUGUACCAGUACGGCCGGGCGUUGGGAAGUGAAUUCUACGGUAAAGGCAUCAACGUUGCCUUGGGUCCCGUGGCUGGUCCGCUCGGCAGGGUUGUCAGGGGUGGCCGCAAUUGGGAGGGCUUGAGCAAUGACCCCUAUCUGGCCGGCGCUGGCAUGGGUGCCAUUACUCGUGGCAUGCAAGAUGCGGGCGUGAUCGCCACACCAAAGCACUUCUUACUCAAUGAGCAGGAGUUCCGCCGCAGAUGGACCCCCAUGGGCCAUGCCAUAAGCGCCAACGUUAACGACCGUACUCUGCAUGAGCUGUAUGCAUUCCCCUUUAUGGACGCCCUGCGCGAAGGAGCCGGUGCAGUUAUGUGCAGCUACCAGCGCGCCAACCACUCAUACGCAUGUCAGAACUCGAAGCUCCUGAAUGGCAUCCUCAAGACCGAGCUCGGUUUCGAGGGCUUUGUUGUCAGCGACUGGGAUGGCCAGAUGUCUGGCGUGGCUUCAGCUAACGCUGGCCUGGAUCUCGUCAUGCCAAAUGCCGGCUUUUGGGGCGAGAACCUGACGCAAGCGGUGCAUAACAGGUCGGUGAGCAACGAACGCAUCAGCGACAUGGCGACUCGUAUCCUCGCAUCCUGGUAUUAUCUUGACCAGGUGAACACCUACCCGCCCCCGGCCGUCUACUCCAACACCCAGAAACAUUUUCCCGUCGAUGUACAAGAGGACCAUGCCCGUUUGAUCGAGAAGAUCGGCGCUGCCGGGACUGUCCUCGUCAAAAAUGUCAAUGGCACCCUGCCCUUCAAGAAACCCAGAUUUCUCUGCGUUAAUGGCUACGACGCAACCAUCAAAGGCAACCCAUGGGAGAAUCCAGCGCGGUUCGGCGGUGGGUACGAGGUCAAUUCUGGCUGGAACACACUCAACGGCACUCUCAUCACCGCCGGCGGCUCCGGAGGAAGCACACCGCCCUACGUCGUGUCCCCGUUUCAAGCUCUGCAGGAGCGCGUGACCAUGGACAGGGGCAUUCUCCGCUGGGACUUCUACUCGGAGGACCCGACGCCCUACGUCAACGCCGACGCCUGCCUCGUCUUCAUCAACGCGUACGCGUCUGAGAGCUUCGACCGCACCAGCUUGACGGAUGAGUUCAGCGACCGGCUGGUGCUGAACGUAGCCUCCAAAUGCGCCAAUACCAUCGUGGUGAUUCACUCCGCGGGCAUCCGCACCGUCGACGCGUGGAUCAACCACGCCAACGUCACAGCGGUCCUCUUUGCAGGCCUGCCGGGGCAAGAGUCCGGGCACAGCCUGACGGCCGUCUUGUACGGGGACGUGAACCCGUCUGGCAGGCUGCCGUACACCGUCGCGCGGUCCGAAGCCGACUACUCGGAGGCGCUGCUCAACUCGAGCGUCUCGUUCGACCCGUUCCCCGAAGCAAACUUUACCGAGGGCCUGCUGCUCGACUACCGCUUCUUUGACCACCGAAACAUCACCCCGCGCUUCGAGUUCGGCUUUGGCCUGUCCUACACCGACUUUGCUUACGCGAACCUCUCCGCCUCGCUGCUUGGUCCGGAUCCCUCGUCUUCCGGAAAAGUCAGCGUGCCGGAGUAUACGGAUGAUGAAAUACCCAUUGUCCAGGGCGGACAUCCGCAAUUGUGGGAGGUUGUGGCCCUGGUCAAGUGCGCUGUGUUGAAUGUGGGCAAGGUGGAUGGGGCCGAGAUCGCCCAGCUGUAUGUGGGCUUCUCCGAGGCGGCGGAGGACGAGCCGGUUAGGCUGCUCAGAGGGUUUAAGAAGGUCGGACCGCUUGUCCCGGGUCAGUCCGGAGAGGCUAUUUUCGAGCUGACCCGGCGGGAUUUGAGUGUCUGGGAUGUGGUCAGGCAAAGGUGGCGGUUGAGGAGGGGGACAUAUCGGAUUUGGAUUGGGGCUAGUAGUAGGGAUUUAAGGCUUGAGGGGAAGGUGAUGAUAGAGUGAGGGCUUUAGUGAGACUCUUAAGAUUGGUAUGUAGGUCGGGAUCCUGGGCGUUCCUUCGAGUGAACUAGCAUGUGUGCAGUGCCUGGCUUGCUUGAGGCUGGUCGUUGGUGGGUCCAUAAUAUUCAUCAUGGCUGGUAUAUAAGACUUUAUCCCCGUCUGCUAUGCAUUGCGAGAUGCUUGGAAUUUGCUAGACAGUCGCCUUGGAUUCUAUAGUGGUGUCGGAUGGUUGAUCCUAGUUGAAUUUCCUCACUUGCUUGAUCAUCUUCAUGGGUCACAUAUAAUCUACAUAAAAU